UUGGUUGGAAGACUUGGAAGUUGGGACGGGAAAAAUCAGAGUCCAUCUGCUGCUGCAGGACAUCUCUCUCGCAUUAAAACUUGCUGCAGACAUAAAAGUUAAACGGAAAAUUUUACAACUGACUGAAUUUUGCGCGUAUCUCAUAGAUCUACAAUAAACGUACUUUAUAUGCCUAGCAUCAGGCAACUCUUUAAAUUCGCCUAAAUGACGAACAGUGCAGUAAUAGGAACCACUUAGUUACCAUUAAGUGCGAUGGACGUAUUUGUAGGUGUAUAAGGUGUUUUUGUUAUAAUUAUGGUAUGGCUGUGAUUAAAAAAUGGGUAUCGCAGUGAAUUAUUGCUGUCACCAUGAGCAUCAUUACGUACUAGUAUUAGCAGAGUGACACUUCAACAAAUUAUUGCGAGAGAGCCCUUUUUUGUUCAGUGUUGUACCUGUGUUGAAGUGUGAUUAUUUAUUUGUAAUAAGUACGACGACGUGUUGGUAUUGCAAACAUGAUGGAAAUUGACUCUCCCCCGCAGUUCAACUGUAAAGAUGAUGAGAUCCAGUACUGGAUGGACCUUGCGCAGCAACUACAUCAAAGGAAAGAUGAUGUCGAGCGGGAGUUGGAAGAAUUCCAGGAGAACUCUCAGUUACUGGAGAAGGAGCUCGAGGCAUCGCUCGAACAGGGGGACAAGGCCAACAGAGAGCUAAGGCAGAGAAACUCCAGGCUCGUCUCCGAGAUCGAGCAACUCAGGAGUAGGCUGGACCAGCAGGCUGUGGACUGUGCGAUGUUUCAGAAUAGGGCUCAGGAGGUACAGAUUCAAAACGAGCAACUUCUCAAAUAUGUCAGAGAACUGGAGCAGAAGAAUGAUGAUCUGGAGAGAGCGCACAGAGUAAGCAAAGUUACUGAAGAAGAGAUGGAAGCAAAGUUUAAUGUAGCAUUGGAGAAGACUGCUCUACUUGAAUCGGAAUUAGACGAAAAAGAAAGUUUGAGGGCUACCGUUCAAAGACUAAGAGAUGAAAUCAGAGAUUUAAAACAAGAAAUUCAAGUAUCAGUGAGGCACAAAGCUGAUAAUGACAAGUCAGCUGCUAUUUACAGAGUUCACAAUCAUGUGGAUAGCAAUAAGCUGCAAGUUGAACUGGAAGCUCACACACCACCUGCUAGUCCGUUGAACACAUCUACUACAAAAAGUAAGAAUUAUUCAACUCUUCUCAGAAUUGGAAAUGGAGUAGGGGGUAUUAUCAAUAAUAAUAUCAACAACAAUACGAACCCACCACAGUUUACACCAUGCACCAGAAUACUUGCAAUGAACAUGAUUGGCGACUUGAUGAAGAAAGUUGGGGCUCUGGAAAAUAAAUUGAACACGUGUAGAAACGCGUCAACACGCGAAGAUCAAUCAGUUCGAGAUCUCUACAGCAGGAAUCGAAGACAACCACGAGCACUAACUGCCGUGGUGGCAGGCAACAACAACCAUAUUCGAUACUAAAGUACUCUACUUAAUUUGUUUCUUCAUCAAAUUAAAGGACAAAGCAUUAUUUUUCAAUUAUUUUGAUGAUGAUAUAAAUAUACUGUAGGUCAACUAGUGAAUUAUAUUUGUAAAAAUUAUUUUUUUAAUGCAGACAGAUGAGCAAAGAAUUUUGAGCGUAAUAAAUUAAAGAAAUAUGGAUUGUAUGCCGAAGUUAUCCGUAUGAUAAUGUAUUAUUUGUGAAACAUUAUGGUAAAUUUUCAAUUAUUCAUUCAUAAAGUUAACCAAAGCAAUUUAAUGGAAGACAACUUUUGCAUAACCAUCCAAAUUCCAUUGCAAAACUUUAAUUUUUCAAAUCUAUAUACUUCAAUACCACUUACACUUUAAUUUAUUAUAAAAAAUAAAGUGAGGUUCCUCAGUUUUACUAAAUCAGUGACUGCUUGAAACUUUAUGUGAAAAUUUUCCAUUAAAAUGAAUGAAUAACCCAAUAGAAAAGGGUCAGUGUAAAUACGUAUUUAAUAAAAAAUUUGGGCUAUCACAUAAAAACUGUAAGAUACAUUUAAAAACAUUUUCUUUUGAACUAUAGAUAUUAAAAUUGUUAAUAAAAAUUUGUUUUUGAAAAACAAAUCAAAUGUAUAUUUUUUUACCUCCUUCCUAAUCUUCUUCACUGGAUUUUUAAAGAUGACAUGUAAUCCCUGUAGUCGUGAAAGUUUAAGAC